CUUGGGAUCUUGAAUCCAAGAGAACGGGCGCUAUGGAAGUGGGCAAAUAUUGAAAAUUUGGAUAGGUUUCUUCAAGAUGUUUAUACUUACUACCUAGGAAGCGGUUAUUACGCAAUUCUUUUAUCAAAAGCACUUGACCUUGCAACUCUUGCCUUUGUUGUUUAUUUUUCAACAUAUUUAACAACAUGCAUUGAUUAUUCAAAAUUAAAGUCAUCAAAUGCUAAAAGUCUAAGUGAUAUUCGGGUUGAUCAAUGUUAUGCUUCAAUCCAUCCACUUGCCAAGUUCUUCUUAUGGUUAUUCUACAUUUAUUUUGCCCUAAAGAUUGCCCAACUGUAUUUGGAUGCUCAGGAACUACGUGAGAUUCAUCACUUCUACAAGUAUCUUUUGGAUAUAUCAGAUAAAGAUUUACAAACAGUUUCAUGGCAAGUUGUGGUUCGCCGCAUCAUGCUCCUUAAAGAUCAAAAUGCUGUGACCUCCAACGUCUCUGACAUGAAAUCAAAAUCAAGGAUUGAUGCACAUGAUAUUGCCAAUCGUAUUAUGAGGAAAGAUAACUAUUUCAUUGCCUUGUACAAUAAAGAUAUUUUGGACUUGACUUUACCAAUACCAGGAUACAGAAGAAAUUUGUUAACCAGAACUUUGGAAUGGAAUCUUAAUCUUUGUAUCUCAGGAUUUGUGUUCAAUGAAAGUGGUCAGGUUAGACAACAAUUUUUGAAAGAAGCGAAAAGAAAGGAAUUAUCAGAAGAGCUUUCCAAAAGAUUUAUGUUGGCUGGUUUCCUCAAUAUUAUAUUAGCACCGCUAAUAGUUACAUAUUUCAUAUUGUUAUACUUCUUCCGUUAUUUCAAUGAAUAUAGAAGAAACCCAGGCUCAAUUGGAUCAAGACAAUAUACGCCAUUUGCAGAAUGGAAGUUUAGAGAGUUCAACGAACUUUACCAUAUUUUCCAAAGAAGAAUCAACUUGAGUGUUCCAGAAGCUUCCAAAUAUGUUGAUCAAUUUCCCAAGGAAAAGACGGUUUUAGUUCUCAAGUUUGUUUCCUUCAUAUCAGGGUCAUUUGCUGCCGUAUUAGGUAUUCUUUCAGUCGUGGAUCCUGAUAUGUUUUUCAAUUUUGAGAUUACAAAAGAUAGAACAGUAUUGUUUUACAUCAGUAUUUUUGGUACAAUAUGGGCUAUUUGUCAUGGUACAAUACCUGAAGAGUACCAAGUUUUUGAUUCUGAAGCCAGUUUGAAACAAGUUGCAUCCUUUACUCAUUAUUUACCUAAGCAUUGGGAAGGGAAAUAUCACACUGAUGAAGUUAAAGCUGAGUUUUGUGAAUAUUUUGAUUUGAAACCAUUGAUAUUACUACGGGAGCUUUCAAGUCUUAUAUUUACCCCAUUCAUUUUGUGGUUUUCACUACCGAAAUCUUCAAAUAGAAUCAUUGAUUUCUUUCGAGAGUUUUCGGUUCAUAUUGAUGGGUUAGGUUACGUCUGUACAUUUGCAAUGUUCAAUUUUGACAAGUCCAAGUCCACUCAAAAAGCUGCCGCUUCUGCCAAAAAGAACUCAAAUGACCCUAGAGAAGCCUAUUAUAAUUCUGGUGAAGAUAAAAUGAUGAAAUCAUAUCUUUAUUUCAUUGACAGUUAUGGAAAU